GCUAGGGGGCCCUUAGGGCAGGACUUAAACCAACGCUAGGCUAAGAUUCUACUUGUAUGUAACGCGGGGUUUUUCUGCACCUGCAGCCCUGAGUUUUUUGUUUCAAUCUUCCCCGGAUUUCUUUUCUUUUCCUUCAAUCCUCAUAGUGAUGGCGAGACAAUCAGCAUCGCCAUCCUCAUCCUCUACCCCCGGUCAUUCUUCUAGUAGCCCUCACAACAUACAAUGAAUCGGAACGGCUCCACAUAGUACUUCCGAACAGAUAUCCACUUCGACGUCGGGAAUAUGGACUCUCAACCAUCUCCCAGCCAAGAAAAACCGCCUAAACAGGCUUGUGAUAACUGUCGCCGGCGCAAGAUCAAAUGUUCCAGAGAGCUUCCGUGCGACAAAUGCCAACGUCUUCUUCUGUCCUGUUCCUACAGUGACGUGCUCCGACGCAAGGGCCCUAAGUUCCGCACUCUCUACCCUCUCGCCCCUAUACAUCCACUCGCAUCCCGUCCGCGUCCCCUCAGCAAAGAAUGGCUUCCUUCUGACACAGGGCCUUGCCAAUUAGCGCCCCCAUCUUCUCCGCCAUUUACGGUAGCGGAUGCCCAGUAUCCACAUCCCGACUUCUCGGAGUCGUUCGCUCGACUUCCACCGCCAGAGCUAGUCUCCUCUCCCGACUCAACCAACUCACUAUUCGACUCAUCCACCUUUAGCGCACUUCCGUUUGUGCGCCGUCUCUCGGCGCCUAUCCUUCUAGCGCAUAUCAAUGUAUUCUUCAAGUACCUGUUCCCCAUCAUGCCUGUCGUGAGACAGGAUCAGUUGCAGCAGGACUGCCACCAGCCGGAACGACUGUCCCCCCAGCGCUACGCUUUCCUUGCAUCUCUAUGCGCCGCCACGCACAUUCAACUGAAACUGGAUGGCGCAACGCCUGCCCCGGACUCAGCUUACGCGCAAGCCAGCAUCGAUGGCCAUCCAAUGAUGUCCGGAGAGGAACUAUUGGCCGAAGCCGUGCGCGCAAGGAAAGAAUGCGACGUAGUCGAUGAAAUCGGCAUGGAAAGUCUCCUCACGUCCUUCUUCCUCUUCGCUGCCUACGGAAACCUCGACAGACAAGACCAAGCAUGGUUCUAUCUCUGCCAAGCCACGUCCAUGGUCUUCACCCUCGGCCUGCAACGCGAAUCAACAUACGCCAAACUAAACGCAGAGGAGGCCGAAGAAAAAAGAAGAGUAUUCUGGCUCCUAUUCGUUACAGAAAGAGGCUACUCCCUCCAACAAGCAAAGCCCGUCAUGCUCCGCAACUCCAUCCACAAACCACAAGUCCUCUGCUCAGACGACCCAAUCCUAGCCUACGGCUUCAUCAACCUUAUCAACGUCUUCGAAAAGCUCAGCCCAACCCUCUACGACUGGGUCUCAGCCGGCGGCGGCACCGGUGGCGACGGCGACGCCUCCUCCAUCCAAUCCAGCCUCUCCAAGCAAAUCUCCCUGGAAGGCGUCUCCGAAAUCCAAAAAGUAGACAUCCUCAUCACCCAACAAUGGCUCCAGGCUAUGAUGUGGAAGCUCUCCAUGACCCACGCAACCCAGCCGGGCGCCCGCGACGACGCCGUCCUCCCCUUCCACCUCCCGGUCCUAGUCGGCAAGGCCGUAAUGGGCGUGAUAGGCGCCGCAUCCCAAGGCGCCGUCGACGCCCACGGCAUCGGAAUGGAACAAAAACUCUACGACCUCGGCACCUCCGUCGCAGACGUCUCCCGCUCCCUAAGCACCAAAGCCGCGCACCGGCUCGCCGAGUCAGCCGCCGACCCGCGCCAGCUCCUCUGGGGUAUCCUGAGCACGCUCAGUCGUAUCCGCGGCUCGCAAUCGUAUCUCUUCCCCGCGCUCGUAGAACAAUGUCGCGGCAUCCUCAGCUUCGAUUGCUCGCUCUCUAUCAGUGACUUUUUGCCCCCGCUUACGGCGGCGGUGCCUGCGGCGUCUAUUACGUGGCGGACGGAUGAGCAGGGGUUCGACCUGCUGGCGCUCUCUAAUGAGAUCCAGGCACAAGAGAAUGAGGCGGCGGAGGCGGUGGCGCAGAUUGUACCCGCGGGAAGGAUUCAAUCGGAGAUCUCGUUUUGAGAGGUUGGACGUGGGUUGGCUGCUUUUGGUAUUAGCGUAUAUAUGUUUGAGGUGCUUUUUGGGCGGCACCCGUCCUGGUAUAUAAGCGUGUCCUGAGCAUUUGUAUAUAGCCGGACGGAAAGGCGCAGGGGGGUGGGG